UUUCGACCGCGUGUUGUACCGUACCCCUUCCCGAUCUUGACGCAAGGCGACCGAUCUUUGCUCUCCAUCUGAGGACGAUGCCUACUGCACACGACGUCACCCCGGACUCGCUAGCGGACCACACGGAUGGGUAUUCGGGAGCAGAGGUGGUGUCCGUUUGCCAUGAGGCGGCCCUGUUUGCUCUGCAGGAGGACAUCAGUAGCAUAUGCGUCCGGUGGGGCCACUUCCGGUCGGCGCUAGCCGCCGUAACUCCGAGAACCGGCGCCGACAUGAACGCUACCAGCAGAAAUCUGGCUUACAGUCUAUAUGAGGUUGAUCACGUGCAAAAUUGUUGAUAUGGUAUAAUUUGUUGUUUGUUCUUAGAAAAUAUAUGAGUCUGUGUAUGGAAAUAAAAACCUGUUUGUUAUGCAGUACAA